CAAAAAGUUGGGGUAGGGAAGACCUUGUGUGGGGAGCAUGAAAGCCUCGCUUCCACAUAUUUUUCCAAACUACAGGAUUAACCUGCGUCUGCCACUCUCUUAUCUUCUCAACUUUUCUUUUCCAUUCCAUUCUGUUCCUUCCUCACUGCACAAAGCCUCUGUUAGCGAAGGGAAAGCAAAAGUAAGUGUAGCAAAUGGCCCUGUGGGCUCCCAUAAAAUCCUUAAGGCCAGCCUCUCCACUUGCUCCCACAGGCAAUGUCGGCCUGCGGGCACCCUCUGAUCGUUUUGCUCUGAAAUCAGCAUUCUUUUCUACAUCACUCCACCUCUUGCUUCCUUCUCCUCAGCAGCUUCCCACUGCUACUGCACCACGGUUUUCCAUGCGUGUGGCCUCCAAGCAAGCCUAUAUUUGCCGUGAUUGCGGGUAUAUAUAUAGUGAGAGGACUCCCUUCGAGAAAGUACCGGAUAGUUAUCUUUGUCCCGUUUGUGGUGCUCCUAAGAGGAGAUUCAGGCCAUAUCAGCCUGCCGUGGCAAGAAAUGCCAAUGACACAGAUGUUAGGAAGGCACGCAAAGAACAAAUGAAAAGAGACGAAGCUAUUGGGAAGGCAUUGCCAAUUGCGAUUGUGGUUGGAAUUGCAGCACUUGCUCUCUUGUACUUUUACCUCAACUAUACCAUCGUGGGUUGAAAGAAAGCUAGUCAAUCUAUGAAUGUCCCAGAGUUUACGGGAUUAUUCUUGUAAUUUUGUUAUAAUUCUGUAGAAUUUCUGUUCAAUCCACAUUUGUUACUUUCUUGGAUCCCAA